CUUAUGUCCACGAAUUCCCUCGAAGUCACGUGACUACCUUCGACCAAUCAAAUCGUAACUCACUUUCUCCACCAAUCCUACGGCAUCCCGUUGAAAGACUGUUAUAUUUUGUCGGUGUAAUUUAAUUUCAAGUACGUACAUAAGCCAAAAUGGCUCCUAUAAUAACCCGCGGAAAGAAAAUAGUGUCUUCGUCUAAAUCGAAUUACGAUGCCUCGGAAAAAGAAAACAUUUAUUUACGUCGUUUGACCGAUUAUCAGACUCGAGUACGAAGACGAGAUACUGUAAGAAGUGUAAGAAAUGCUACGGAACGUGAUUUGGAACGAAAAGUAGGCGUAGAAAUACAAAUUAGGGAUGGAUCAACAAAGUUACUGGCGGCUGCUCGCCAUCGUACACAAAGUUUAGAAGCGGCGCGAGCAUUAUUUAUAUCGAAUGAAAAAAUGUCUAUGUACAUGAAAGAAUUACAACGUCGUAAAAAGCAUUCGGCCGAAAUUUUGUCUAAGCAAUCUGACAGUACAGCAACGGUUUCACUUUCGGAGCUUAGAUUUCCAUUGAUGUGGAAAGAUUUGGAUCAUUUUAAAAAUCGUGGGGAUUAUAGAAGAUUUGCUGUUUUUUGUAUGGCUCGUAUAGGAACAGAAAUAUGCGAUACAAUUUUACUCUGUCCUAUUGACAGAACGCAUACAGAUAUUACCUUUGUCAAUCCUUUAAUAUUUAAUAAUGUACCGGCAGAAUUCGAGCUGAAAUUAGAAAUUUAUAGCUGUAUGCUGGAAGAAGAUUUUAGCAUUGCAAGUACUCCAUUGAAAAUUACAAAAACAAUACAUUCGUCGAUAUCCAAAACACUUGGUAAAAGAUUGAGUGCAUCUUUAAAUGGAGAUAUCAAUCCUACCCAAUUAGGUCCACGCUUUGAACUAGCUGCCUCUGCCAAACUGACUAUAGAAGAAACAGAUAAUGGUGUACGAACGCAUGAUCUUGUUAUAAAUCAUGUUGAGAACAAGAAUUGUAUGUUACCACUUUUUGGAUACUUUUGUUGUCGCUUAGCAGUUCAACCGGAAUGCAUUAACUCAGAUAUUUAUGCAGGCAUAAUUGAUAUAAAUAGUCAAAAGUAUUGGGCACGUCUGCGUAAUUUUUCCAUUAAAACGUGGUUUUCUAGAGAAUUGGAAGACGAAGAGAAAAAUGUGAUUCAUACUAUUCCUAUCGAUAAAGAUACUAUCAUUCAGUUUUCGAAACAUUCGUCUAGAAAACUUUUAAUAACAAAUUUUAUCGAUGGUAUUAAAAAAACGAUUAUAAUCCUAUUGAAAUCAAACAAAGAAGCUCUGGAAUGGAUGACAUAUCUAACGACACAUUCGAAAGAUCAUAAUAGAUGGAAAAGUGCAGGGCAAACAAUUCAACGAGUACAAUCAAUGGACAAUAUCCCUAUCUUUUGUAAUAAUAGACAAGGUUCUUUGUACGAUGAAACAUCAUUGAUAGAAUCUAUUCCAUCUAGUUUGUAUAGUACACAAAGGUUUUCAGUACAAGACAUUUCUUGUACUAUACCUAGCAAUGUUUUUGGCAAUACGCCGAAUAAUCUUCAUACUCGAUCACUACGCAAUAAUAGUAUGUACAAAUUAAGUUCUAUUGGCGUGAAGCAUCGCUGGUCCUUCUUAAAUAAAGAUCAGUCAUGAAUGUUAACA